AUGAUAUUGCGAGAAAUGUUAUUUACCGUUUCUUGGUUAUUGGGUUCAAUAUCAGUAACAACAUAUUUAGCCGGUAUAUUAAGAACAAUACCAAGAAUGCAUUUCUAUCGACAAAAUCCAGAAUAUAAAACACUUUACCUACCAAGUCUUCAAAACACAACUAUCAUCUACUUUUGUUAUAUAUUCACAAUAGGAAUUACACUCACAACAUGCUCAUUUUUCAUCGGCUAUUUGGAAACCAACCCAAAUUCAAUAGUGAUAGCAUACGUUUUGAAAUCUGUUGAGUUUAGUGUUUUUGCAAUUUGUUGCUUCUUGAUGUCAUUUGGAUACAUAAUAUAUGGUAGUAAAUUGAUCAGUAUAGCAAGUGAAGGUAUACACUUAUUGGAAGGUGUAAAUGAUUAUCAAAGUCAUAUUAAAUCAAAAAAUUCUCGUAAUACUACUCAUAGUCUAUCAGGAUUAGAAUUGGAAAUUAAACAUAAAAGAUUAAAACGUAGUGUCCGCAAGGUAGUUACCAACAAUAGAAUAAUAUUGGCUGCUUCUGCAAUCUUCUGCAAACAAUUAUAUGAAAACCUAAUCAGUAAUAAAGUAUUUGCUGCAUUUACUAAUUUAUUUCCAAUGCUAGUAAACGUUGCUGUAAUGGCAGGAAUAGCAUAUGGUGAAAUGACAGUUCAUAAUAAAUAUGAAAUAGGUUUUGAAAAUAAUAUUACUUCUUCCAUAUCAACAAAUAAUCCACUUCCACCAAGAGAAUCAAUUGAGACAAUAGCUGUUCAUACGAGAGAUCCUUCAACUGAUUCAGAAUCUCCUUUACUAUUAUUGCCUCCACCUGUGAUCUUGUCUACAAUCACAGAUUGGCUUGCUGAAAAUAUUGAUGAUACAGUUAUACCAGUUGAUGGAUCAUGGUAUAUGCCAAAUGCUAAUAAAGAUCCACAUAAAGAAUAUUUGGAUAAAAGAAUCAAAAAUGCAAGGUUUUUUGGAAUAGAUACAAUUAAAGAUAAUGAUACGACGUUACCACAUAUGUUACCAUCAGCUGAAAAAUUUGCUGAAGCUAUGGGUAAAUUGGGAAUUUCUGAAACUGAUUAUAUAAUUUGUUAUGAUGCUAUUGGAGUAUUUUCUAGCCCAAGAAUUUACUGGACUCUUAAACCUAAAGUUUAUAAAAUACCAGAAGUAAGAACUGACCUUAUAAGAACUUAUGAACAAAUAAGAAAGAAUAUUAAAGAAGGACCUGAUUCACCAAAUUAUGAACAACUAAUUGAUGCAAGACCUGAACCAAGACCUGGAUUACCUAGUGGACAUAUGCCAUAUUCAAUAUCAUUACCUUUCGAUAAAGUGAUUGAUCCAAAAACCAAACGAACAUUAUUGGAUGAUGAUUCAUUGAAAAAAUUGAUCGAGUCAAAAUCAAUUGAUCUAGAAAAACCUAUCGUAUUAAGUUGUGGUAGCGGUAUAACUGCAUCUAUAUUGUAUGUUGCUUUAGAAAAAUUGGGAGCAAAAAAACUUUCUGUUUAUGAUGGGAGUUGGACUGAAUACGCUAGUCUUUAUGAUUAUGAUGAUUAUGAUAACAAUUCUUCAAAUGAUAACGCUGCUACUUCUUUAAGAAAUCGAAAUGAUUCAAUGUUCUUCUAA